CAUAACAAAUAGAGCAUGUUUUUUUUUCAAAAACAGUUUUGCCAAUUUCUUAGUUUCUUUCUCAGAAUCAAAACGUGUGCGACAGUGGUGCUUCAUGUUUCAUCCAUUGCAAAAGAUUUGGGUGGUGAAUACAAAUUCAAAUAUUACUGCACUAUUCUGUGGUAUUGUUGUUUACACCGCCUUAUCUCCGUUGUAUUCAUAAUUUACUCCUUAUUAUCGGGUAUUAAUUCAUGUUUAUGUUUUAAGUCGUGAAUUUCGGAUAAAACAUGACUUGGGGCUUCGUAACGUGCGGACCAAAUGAGGCAAUGGUUAUAUCAGGAUGCUGCUACAGCAAACCUCAUUUAGUGCCUGGAGGCAGGGCUUUUAUUUGGCCUGGAAUCCAAAAAAUCCAAAGAAUAUCACUCAACACCAUGACCCUAAUUGUAGAUAGCCCUACAGUUUAUACAAGCCAGGGAGUGCCUAUUUCUGUUACUGGAAUUGCUCAGGUUAAAAUACAAGGACAAAAUGAGGAAAUGCUUUUGGCAGCUUGUGAGCAAUUUUUGGGCAAAAAUGAACAAGAGAUUGAGCAUAUUGCGUUGGUGACCUUGGAAGGACACCAAAGAGCCAUGAUGGGCUCUAUGACAGUUGAAGAGAUAUACAAAGACCGAAAGAAGUUUAGCAAACAAGUUUUUGAGGUCGCAUCUUCAGACUUGGUGAACAUGGGCAUCACGGUCGUGUCAUAUACUAUUAAGGAUAUACGAGACGAAGAGGGCUAUUUACGUAGCCUAGGAAUGGCUCGCACGGCCGAAGUGAAACGUGAUGCGCGCAUUGGAGAGGCAGAAGCCCGCGCUGAAGCCCAAAUAAAAGAAGCAAUAGCUGAGGAACAGCGAAUGGCUUCAGUGUUUUUGAACGAUACCGAAAUUGCCAAGGCCAGGAGAGAUUUCGAGUUGAAGAAAGCCGCGUACGAUAUGGAAGUACAAACGAAAAAUGCCGAAGCCGAGAUGGCGUACGAGCUGCAGGCAGCUAAAACCAAGCAGAAGAUAAAGGAAGAAGAGAUGCAAAUUCAGGUUGUCGAACGGACCCAACAGAUAGCCGUACAAGAGCAGGAGAUAGCUCGCCGCGAAAGGGAGCUCGAAGCCACCGUUCGGCGUCCCGCUGAAGCCGAGAAGUAUCGAUUGGAGAAAAUAGCUGAAGCCAACCGUAAGAGAACCCUCCUCGAAGCCGAAGCGGAAGCGGAAGCUUUGAGACUGAAAGGAGAGGCCGAAGCCUACGCCAUUGAAGCUAAAGCGAAGGCUGAAGCCGAGCAAAUGGCUAAAAAGGCCGAGGCUUGGAAAGAAUAUAAAGAUGCCGCAAUGAUUGAUAUGUUUUUGGAGGUUUUACCCAAGGUCACUGCAGAGGUGGCAGCCCCGUUGUCGCAGGCCAAGAAGAUAACAAUGGUUUCGACGGGUAAUGGAGAAGUGGGAGCUGCAAAAUUGACCGGCGAAGUGUUGGAUAUUGUUACACGAGUGCCGUUGCUCGUGAAAAAUUUGACGGGCGUUGAUAUUUCUAAGUCUGUCCACGCCGCUUAGUUGACGGAGACGCCACUUAGAUAUAAUGUAUUUCGUGCAAGUGUACCAAAUUUGUGUGAGUGUUUUUGAUGGUAUCUUAUUAUCCUUGUUCACAUUUCAGCGGCAUACAUUAUUAUAAAUAUUUGUAUUUUGCUUAAGGAGCUAUAAGUGUGACCUGUAUUUGAAUUUAUAAUUUACCCUUCAGGUUAUAGCAUGGCUGCCCAUAUUCUGCAAUGUAGGAAUUAUGGUAUUUCAUAAUUUUAGUUUUAACAUUACUAGCCAAAAAAAUACCAUUGAAUUGUCAUAAAGAAUCUCUCCUUUUAAGAAUAGUAUUUCUUUUUAUCCAAGUCUAGUCUGUUGAAAGCCUUUUCAUAUGGAAUUAUGUAUGUGUCUAUAUAUUUUUUUAAUAAAUAAAUCUAUUAUCUA